UUGAUUGGUAUACACCUGUGUCCAUGGAGGGGAUUGGGCCACCUGAAUCACAUGAUAUGGAGGGGAUUGGAGCACCUGAAUCACAUGAUAUGGAGGGGAUUGGAACACCUGAAUCACAUGAUAUGGAGGGGAUUGGAGCACCUGAAUCACAUGAUAUGGAGGGGAUUGGAACACCUGAAUCACAUGAUAUGGAGGGGAUUGGAACACCUGAAUCACAUGAUAUGGAGGGGAUUGGAGCACCUGAAUCACAUGAUAUGGAGGGGAUUGGAACACCUGAAUCACAUGAUAUGGAGGGGAUUGGAACACCUGAAUCACAUGAUUGGGAGGGGAUUGGAACACCUGAAUCACAUGAUUGGGAGGGCGGGUACAAUACUUGGGGCAAUAUCGUGUAUUUUGGACGC